AUGAACAAAAUAACAUCCGCGUUAUUCCCGAAAUCUUCUUUUGCGGCGGCGGCGAUUGGCCGCCGCCACCUCUUCUCCGGGACCAUUUUCCCUACUUCUCACGCUCACGGUCGAUAUACCAGUAGAAUUAGCUUUUGCAGAAAACCCAUUCAAGUGGCGAUGGCUUCCAUAUCUACGGAGGCAGAAGAAAAGCAAAAGCCUUGGCUAAUCGUCGGCCUCGGCAAUCCCGGAAAGCGAUACGCCGGCACUCGCCACAACGUGGGCUUUGAGUUGAUUGAUUAUAUAGCUGAGGAGGAGGGGAUUGCAAUGAGCACCGUCUCCUUCAAAUCUACCUUUGGAAAAGGUUUUAUUGGAGAUGUUCCUGUUAUGCUUGCUAAACCGCAGACUUUCAUGAAUGCUAGUGGUGAGUCUGUUGGUGCUAUUGUUUCAUACUAUAAGAUCCCAUUGAAUCAAGUUCUUGUGAUGUUCGACGAUAUGGAUCUUCCUUUUGCAAAGUUGAGAUUAUUACCCAAAGGUGGACAUGGAGGGCAUAAUGGGAUGAAAAAUAUCAUAAAUCACUUUAAAGGCAGUCGGGACUUUCCUCGCUUGCGAAUAGGCAUCGGAAGACCUCCGGGGAAAAUGGACCCCAUAAACUUUGUUAUGCGGCCGUUUAACAAGGACGAACGCGAAGAGUUGGAUUUUACCUUCCAAACCGGAUUGGAAGCAGUUCGGAUGCUCAUGGCAGACGAUUUCAACAAAAGUGCCACCUUUGUGAACAGUGCAAAAAAUCGCAUGGAACAAGUAUAA